UUAGUGAUUUUUGUGAAUGUCACCUUUUGUCAUUUUCAAAUUUCCCGCCGCUCCGUCCUCCGUACGUCCCGACGCUCGCAGAGGACGGAACCCAGAUGACAGAUGCCGGCAUCCGCCGGAUUACAUUGCCGGGGACACUGCAGGAGGGACAUCGCAGAAGCGCAGGACAAGGUAAGUGACCGAGGGAUCACGGAGCAGCGCCGCAUGGUAAGCCCGAGUAUAGCUUGGGGUUUACUGCUUGUGGUACUGAAACUUUACCCAGAGCUACAUUCGGGAAUAUCACCAGGGAGGGAGAUGUAAGCCACAUGGGGUUUAUUUACUAAAGCAGGAGAGUGCAAAAUCAGGGGCACUUCUGCAUAGAAACCAAUUUGCUUCCAGGUUUUAUUUCCAAAGCUUGAGUGAACAAGUUGAAGUUAGAAGCUGAUUGGCUACCAU